AAUUCAUCUUCAUAUUCUUCUUUCCAUGUUAACAACACAUCUGGCCCAACUUCUUGACUCUGCAUCCUGCAACAAAAGGGCCUCAUUAUGUUGUUGGAUUGAACAUCAGAUUACAGUCAUUUAUUGAGCUUUCAAAAUCGGACAUAGAGCAUGAAUUAACAGAGCUCUUGAAACAGUACGGACUGCUCCCACAGGUGUUGUCCCUGAGGGUUCGAUCUGUUAAGAGGAAAGAGACCAAGAAUCCAAUUUAAUAUAUUACAGUGAGGAAAAGAAAGAGGAGGAACGGCACUUCCUUGUUUAAGAAACUAUUUCUACGCUUUCUAUCAAAGGAAUUAGAAUUUGCAAUGACUACAAAUUUUUCUCCAAUGGCCACAAUUUCUGGGACAGAAGUUGCAGCCCAACUGUUAGAGAUUUAAAAAAUACUGGAUAAAUCUCACACUAAAAAUAUGGCAAAUGGUGGUGACCAAUGAGAAAUUGGCAAAACUUUUCAGAUGGUGCAUAAUGAUAGAAUGCAUGCCCCAGUCGAACCAAAACUUUGGGGUUCACUGGUAAUUUCACUUUUGGAAAGAGAAGGCAGAAUUUCUUUCUUUCUUAAGAUUUAAGAUGUUUUGAAAGCUCUUUAACCACCAUUUACAAACUACAACUUAUUUCAUCACUGUUACGUUAAACGCGAAAAGCUUCUUCUAGAGUGUAGUAAGUAUUUUGCACUCGUUGUUAGUCAAGUAGAGAUCACUUGAUCCUGGAUUUUUUUUAAAAUUUGUUUUAAUGUGAGUUUUUGAAAGAGCUUUAUACAACUUCACUUCCUGCACUUUGUGUAGCUGUAACAGCAACAGGGAUCUUUCUCAAAACAAAACUACCAUCUUUUCUCAAAUAGUCUUGCUUAGAGAGUGGUUAUAGCUGUAUCGUUUUUUGUUUGUCAGUGUUACGUUUUUAGUGUUGCAGUAUUGUGAUAAUGUGUGCGAAUGCACAUAGUAUGUUUCUACCUAUUUAAGAUCCAAAGCGUUGGAAAAGUGAUGAAUGUGACUGAGCUUUAUUCAAGUACUUCCAUGUUGUUGCUCAGUCCAAUGCAAAACAAUCCAAACACAAUACUAUUAUGCAAUACAAAGAAAUUGUACACAAUACAAACCCAGUAAGGCACCUGAGCCAGGCAUUACUCCUCCCACCCUGGAACAACGUGGGGGUUGAAAAGCUCUGGAGGAAAAAAAGGCCCAGAGGGAGUGGUAACAGCGAAACCGGGAGGACUUUGGCUUCACUGCAGUGCCAGUGUUUGCCUUUGCUACCUCAGAGGUCACAUUUCACAUUCAGCCACAAGGUCAUGGCUUCCCCCAGCGUUCUCCUGUCAGAGGUACAGUUUCAUUGUUGCAUCUGUCAGGAGGUUUUCUCUGAGCCUGUCUCCAUCCCCUGUGGCCACAGCUUCUGCUUCUCGUGCAUCACAUCACACUGGGAUGACAGCCUCACCAUCAGCUGUCCCAAAUGUCAGACAUUCUUUGAGGGCCGCCCAGAGCUCUGUGAAAACUCCUUCGCCAAGGAAAUGUCAGAGCAGAUCCGAGCGAGAAGGCAGAAUGGCGGGAUGUCAAAAUUCAUAUAUUGUGAUGUGUGCGUGGGGAAACAAACAAAGGCCCUGAAGUCCUGCCUUGUGUGUCUGACCUCAUACUGCGAGAGUCACCUGGAGCCACACCUGAGAGUUGCCACUUUGAAGAUUCACAAGCUGAUUGAACCUGUGGCGACGCUGGAGAGCCGGAUGUGCAAACAGCACCAAAGGCUCCUGGAGCUGUUCUGCAGGAGCGACCAGAGGUGUGUGUGUGUGCUCUGCACCGAGACUGACCACCGCUGUCACGACACUGUCCCAGUGGAGAGGGAGAGUCGGCAGAAGAAGGCUCAACUGAGAAAGUUUGAAGCGGAUGUUCAGCAGAUGAUCCAGGACAGACUGCAGAAAGUGGAGGAGAUCAAACACUCUGUGGAGCUCAGCAAAGAAAACUCAAAGAGGGACAUAGUGGAAAGCGUGGAGGUCCUCUCCACUCUGGUUCGUUCCUUGGAGAGAAGUCAGGCUGAGCUGGUGGAGGUGAUCCAGAGGAAGCAGGCAGCAGCAGAGCAGAGGGCGGAGAAGCUCAUCGCAGAGCUGGAGCUGGAAAUCACUGAGCUGGAGAGGAAGAGAAGUGAGAUGGAGCAGCUGUCUCACACUGAGGACCACCUCCAUCUUCUGCAGAGGUUUCCAGCUCUGAGUUCUCCUCCAUCUGCCAAAGCCUGCUCUGACAUCAUCGUUCAUUCAGACACAUGUUUGGGGACUUUAAGGAGAGCGGUGGCCAACACUGAACAGCAGCUUCAAUCGGCUUUGGGAAAACUUUCUAUUCAAGAGCAUGAGAAGAUGCAGCAGUAUGCAGCCGAUGUUCGUCUGGACCCCAGGACAGUUAACUCUUGGCUGGUUCUAUCAGAGGAUGGGAGACAGGUCUGGGACGGCGAUGUUGAACAGAAUCUAGUGGACAUACCAGAGCGUUUUGACACAGCACCAUGUGUCCUCGCCACCAGGGGUUUCACCACAGGGAGGCACUACUGGCAGAUCGACGUGGGAGACAAAACAGCGUGGGACUUGGGUGUGGCUCGACAGUCUGUCAACAGGAAGGGUGUGGUCACGCUGAGUCCAGAGGACGGUUAUUGGACUGUUUGUUUGAGGAAGGGCAGUGAGUACUGGGCAUGUGCAGGACAGGCAGAGCUGCUGUGUCUCUCUCAGAGGCCACAAGUCGUUGGGGUGUUUUUGGAUUACGAGGAUGGGACAGUGGCCUUCUAUGACGCAGAGGCCAAGUCACACAUCUAUUCCUUUACACAGUUUCAGUUCACUGAAGCCAUGUUUCCUUUUUUUAACCCGGAUAUGUGCGACAGCGGCAGCAACAAAUCACCACUUAUCAUCCGCCCUGUCAGUGGAGUCAAUGGAGUCUGGGAUUUAGAUGACAUUACAAUAUGAUGUGAAAUGUACAUUAGUUGUCAUGGUAUUUUAUUUUAAACAGCAUAAAAGUGUUCUCUCUAUUGAUAUGAACAUUUUUUAAUUAGACAAUUCAUGUUGCAUUCACAACUGGAUCUGAACUGAAAUAGAUCAUUGCCUGACUUGCACCUACUCAAUAAACUGUUGUACCUG